GAUUCUCGUGAAUGAUUCGUGGUGAGUCGUUCAUCAUCAGUGAUUCGCGGAGCAUCAUGGCGGACGCACACAGCAGCAGUAACCUCGUCCCGGUCUUAUUCUGCUUCUCGGAGCUCUCUCGGCCCUCGUCCGUGCCCCUGGGCUCUGGCUCUGAAGUGCUCAUCCAGAAGUUCCUGUCCAUUUACGGCCAUCAGAUCGACGUCCACCGUAAGCUGGUGCUUCAGUGUUUCUCGGAGGAAUGGGGUCAGUACGUGGAUCUAGCGAAGGGCUUCACGGUGACCGAGAGAUGUCGGCUGAGACUCGUGCCUCUGCAGAUGCAUAUCACGACACUGGGAAACCUCUCGCCGGCCAGCACGGUCUUCUUCUGCUGUGACAUGCAGGAGCGGUUCAGACCUGCCAUCAAAUACUUCGGGGACAUCAUCAGUGUGGGCCAGAGGCUGCUGCAGGGGGCUCGUAUUCUGGGGAUCCCUGUGGUGGUGUCCGAGCAGUAUCCUAAAGGUCUGGGCAGCACAGUGCAGGAAAUGGAUCUGACUGGGGCCAAAUUAGUUUUUCCCAAAACCAAGUUCUCGAUGGUGCUUCCGGAGGUGGAGGCGGCGCUGGCUGAGAUCCCAGGAGUCCGCAGUGUGGUGCUCUUCGGAGUCGAGACGCACGUGUGCAUUCAGCAGACCGCUCUGGAUCUGAUCGGAAGAGGCUUUGAAGUGCACAUUGUUGCUGAUGCCACGUCCUCCAGAAGCAUGAUGGACCGGAUGUUUGCACUCGAGCGUCUGGCGCGCGUGGGAAUCAUCGUCACCACCAGCGAGUCUGUUCUGCUGCAGCUCGUGGCUGAUAAAGAGCACCCAAAGUUCAAAGAGAUCCAGAACAUCAUUAAAGCCAGCGCUCCAGAGUCAGGCCUGCUCUCCAAGGUCUGAUCGGCCCAGUCUUUCCUCAGCACACACACACACACACACACACACAGACUGGAACACACCACAGAAACCCACCGGGAAACCCACUGACAUGCCCACCAGCACAUGUGUUAGUACUGAAA